GCCUUGUCAAAAAGUAAAUUUUAAUUAAACAAAACAGUGUUAAAUUCUGCUGUAUUGGUGAUAAAUUAUUGAUAUUGAGUUGUUUUAAUAAUAGUUCUGAGUGAUUCCGUGGAGUGAUUGCUAUAAAAGUCUUUACCAGAGAUGUAUGACGAUAGACGUGGGGGUCGAGGCGGCGGUCGCGGGGGUGGUGUCAGAGGUCGUGGUGGCGGACGCGGAGGCAUGAGUUCUCGUGGCGGCCGAUCAGAUAGGGAUGAGGACAGGGGCUCCCGGUUCGGCGGGGGCGGCCGAGGCCGGGACUCGGGGCGCGGAGGCGGACGAGGCGCCAGCCGCGGUGGUCGCGAUUUCCGCGACGGUCGUGACGACUUCGGAAGAGGAAAAUUCAAAAACGACCAACCGGGCGGCGCACUCCGCAAAAUACGCUGGGACACCGUCACACUCACUCCAUUCCAAAAGAAUUUCUACGUGCCUCAUCCUAACGUGCAAAGACGACCCAUGUCCGAGGUCGAAGCUUAUCGCAGCCAGCACCAAAUCACCGUUAACGGUCGCGAUGUACCGGCGCCCAGCAUUUUCUUCGACGAAGGCGGCUUUCCCGAUUACGCUAUGAAAGAAAUUCUCAAGCAGGGUUUCCCUAACCCGACGCCUAUCCAAGCACAGGGUUGGCCGAUAGCUCUAUCUGGACGGGACAUGGUUGGAAUAGCUCAGACAGGCUCAGGAAAGACAUUGGCAUACAUUUUGCCUGCAAUUGUUCAUAUUAUAAACCAGCCGAGACUGUUGAGGGAUGAAGGCCCCAUUGUUCUCGUUUUAGCGCCAACACGAGAGCUCGCUCAGCAAAUUCAGCAGGUUGCAACAGAUUUUGGCCAGAAUGUGGCAGUUCGCAACACAUGCAUCUUCGGCGGAGCACCCAAGGGGCCGCAGGGAAGGACCCUGGAGCGAGGAGUGGAGAUAGUCAUUGCCACUCCCGGUAGACUGAUUGACUUCUUGGAGAAAGACACGACAAAUCUCCGCCGCUGCACGUACCUGGUGCUGGACGAGGCGGACCGCAUGUUGGACAUGGGCUUCGAGCCACAGAUCAGGAAGAUCAUUGAGCAGAUCCGACCUGACAGACAAGUUCUUAUGUGGUCGGCAACAUGGCCCAAGGAGGUCCAGAACCUGGCCGAGGAGUUCCUCCACGACUACAUCCAGAUCAACAUUGGCUCUCUGUCUCUGUCCGCCAACCACAACAUCCUGCAGAUAGUUGAUGUCUGCGAGGAGUGGGAGAAGAACGACAAGCUCAUCACAUUGCUGACGGAGAUAUCCUCGGAGGAAGAAACCAAGACCAUAAUAUUUGCCGAGACGAAAAGAAAAGUGGAUGAAAUAACGAAGAGCAUAAACCGCGCGGGCUGGCGCGCGCUCGCCAUCCACGGCGACAAGAACCAGCAGGACCGCGACUACGUGCUGCAGCAGUUCCGUAACUCGCGCGCCGGCGUGCUCGUCGCCACAGACGUCGCGGCUCGGGGCCUCGACGUGGAGGACGUGAAAUUCGUGAUAAACUACGACUAUCCGAACAACUCUGAAGACUACGUCCACCGCAUCGGGCGGACGGGACGCUCGCACAACACUGGCACGGCCUACACACUGUUCACGCCCAACAACUCUGCUAAAGCGAGAGACUUAAUGUCGGUGCUGCAGGAGGCCAACCAAGUGGUCAACCCGAAACUGUUGGAGUUGGCGCAAUGCGGCAUGGGAUUCAAGGGGAAAUACGGUCGUGGGCGGUUCCGCGACCGUGACGACGAGGGAGGCCGCGGGGGAAGAGGACGCGGACGCGGGCGCGGGGGCAGUUCAAGAUGGGACAAUUCGUCCAACGGCGACGGACAGGGCGGUUACAACCAGGGGGGCGGGUUCAACCGACAGGACUACAACAGUCGACCCAACUACCGGGAGGGGGGGUUCAGUCGGGACCGCGAGGGCGGGAGUAGCUUCAGAGGCCGCGGCGGCGCCAGGGGCGGCACCAGAGGCGGCCGGGGGGGGCAAGGGUUCAACCAGAGCUCGUUUGGACAACAGGGGUACAACAACCAGACGACGCAAGGGUUCGGUCAGGCGGCGACGGGGUUCAACGCAACCCCUAGUAGCUAUUAUAAUAUGUAUUCACAGCCGCCGCCCCAGUAAAUUAUUAAUAAGUAAAUAAAUACACUUACAAGCGGGUGACAAGUGACCAGAUGUUAGCUCGACACUGCAGCGAGAAUUUCCUUGCAACCACCACUGCAGUAUUUAAUUAAAAAUUAACCAAAUUAUAGCAACUUCGUUAAUGACACUCCGAUGAUAUGCGGGCGACUGGGAAAAAGGUCUGCGCGGGGUAUGAAGUCGUGGGAGAGGGGUAUUGCUACCUCCCGUCCGGCCCGCGCGGACCAUCGAGUGUUACGAACGAAUUUGCCAAUAACUGCAUGCAGGUGACAGAAGGGUUCGACACUAGGAUGCGACGCUGCAGCGAAAUGUACACUUUCGCAACCACUGCAGUAAAUGUGAAAGGAAAUUAAUUAAAA